GUUCUAUUCUUUAGAUUACGACUUGGGGAAUACUGGCCAACACCUCGACUCAUUCUUCGCCAUCUAUCCUGAAUUUCUGAAAGAAUCCGCAGUCAACAGUAUCGCCAGCGUGAAACAUGUCGACACUCCCUCCUACUCCUGGCCAGGUGGCCUCCACACCGAUCAGUCAGUUGUCGCUUCUGGAGAAGCUAGACCUUUUCCCAGCUGUUUUGUCGGUUUUGGGUUCGGUCUUCUACACGGCGGCGACAAGCCCAUUUCGGGGCGAAUCCGGGGCAUAUACCUAUGGACAGCAUUUGAGCGCCGCUCUCGUGCGGAAGCUGGUUUUGAGGCUCAGCACUCGACAGCUGCAGUACAUCAAUGAACCGUUUGGCAAAGUCUACGAGAAAUGGGCAAGGAGCAUCGGGAUCCAGCCCGAGUUUGUGACCCUGAAGUCAGGCUGCAAGGCCUUUUGGAUGGGUGAUUACAAAAGGGCGAAGCACAUUGUCGUCUACUUCCACGGGGGAGGAUUUUCACUCGAUGGCGACGACACUCACCUGAAAUUCUGGCACGGUGUCCAAAAGACUCUCGAGGAGAGCGGAGACCAUGUGGCUUUCUUCUUUCUCGAGUACACCCUGGUUCCUCACGCGACGUACCCCACCCAGAUCAUCGAGGCCGUUGAAGCCGUCAACUAUGUGAGGACCGAAUUGCAACGGCCCGCCUCCGAGAUCAUUCUUGGGGGUGACUCUGCCGGAGGCAACCUGUGUCUGGCCGUCUUGUCCCAUGCGAUGCACCCGAGCGGCGAAUUUCCCGACCUUGCCCUUGGCGAGGGAGACAAAUUCAAGGCCAUCGUGCUCGUCGCCCCUUGGACGACCUUUGACGUCAAUUGGCCGAGCAGCGAGAGAUGCAAGAACAAGGACAUUGUCAGCACCUGGGCUGCCGAUAUGUGGUCGAAUGCUUACAUGGCGGGAAAACCACAAAGUCCCUACUCGGAGGCUCUUGAAGUAUCUGCCGACUGGUGGAAAGACCCCAAAGUUGAACAUGUCUUGUGCGUUGCAGGCAAAGAUGAGAUGUUGGUCGACGCUAUUGAUGCUUGGGUGGAAAAGUACAAGUCCGUCAACCCCGGCGGCAUCACCUACGUCGUAGGAGCACAUGAAACACACAUUGCUCCAAUCUCGAAUAUACGCUGGGGCAUGACAGCCGAAACCGAACAGGGUAAGGCGAUCAAGUCUUGGAUGAAGGCGAAAUUGUGAAGCUAGCUUCCACUUGGGGAGUGGAAUCCAUCUCAGGGCCGAGAGCAGAACGUUGGGGCUGCCAGGUUACGAUAUCAGAAGAAGGUGAGGAGGUCAAGAGUUAUA